CUUCAACCUUUAAACUUUAAACUUUAAACUUCCCAACCGGCGCAUCUAUCGGAGGGGCAAACUACUUUCCCAACUAAACUACUGCUUUCCCAAAUACAUACACCAUCAAAAAAAGGCUGACCACUAAAUCAAUACUUAGCAUUUUCGUCUCAUUCUUGUUCUCAUUCUUGUUUUGUUUAUACCUACCUAACCUAAGGUCAGGUAAUAGGCAUACAUAAGAUAUAAACGCGACACGGAGGCUUAAUCACUACAACCUCACAUAGAAAUAAUUCAUUGCGAACGGCAAGAUGGGGUUGGUGAAGGAGAUUACCUCCCAGCACGAGUGGGAAACCUUCGUCGGGUCGCUUCCCAAAUCAACCCUCCUCAUCAUCUUCUUCCAUGCCCCCUGGGCCGCGCCAUGCGCACAGAUGGCCAAGGUUAUCGAGACGCUCGCGAACGACUACUCCGCGAAGAGUGCGCCUUCUACGAGCUGGGUUUCUAUCAAUGCCGAGGAUCUUAGCGACGUAUCCGAGAUCUACGACGUUGUCGCCGUGCCCUACGUCGUCCUGCAACAAAACGACCAAGUCCUCGAUACCGUCAGCGGUAGCAACGCUGCCGCGCUACGGAAGGUCAUCGAGACGCACGCCCCGCUAAAUCCCGACGCCACCAACGGCAACAAGCCAGACACCAUAGAGGAGGACUCGUUAGAUGAGAACGGAGAUGUGCUGAGCCCCGAGGAAGAACUUAACAAACGAUUGACGGGUCUGGUCAGCGCAGCGCCUGUCAUGCUGUUCAUGAAGGGCACGCCCAGCGAACCUAAGUGCGGAUUCUCGCGCCAGCUUGUUAACAUUCUCCGAGAGCGCAGCGUCAAGUAUGGCUUUUUCAACAUCCUCGCAGAUGACGAUGUUCGACAAGGUCUGAAGAAGUUUGCGGACUGGCCGACGUACCCGCAGCUGUGGGUUUCGGGCGAGCUAGUCGGUGGUCUAGAUAUUGUCAAAGAGGAAUUAGAGAAGAAACCCAAUUUCUUCAAGAAAUUCAGCGCCCCUAAAGGAUAUGACGUUACCGUUGCUUGAACCCUAGAUUGGGAUGAUGGAGGGGCUGCAUAGCUAAUAAGAGGUGUCUACUGCCUAUGACCUAAGUGUAUCCUGGACAUUGCAUGUCACAAAUGAUUACGAUAGAUGCUACCUGAGGCAGGUAUCGAGGUGGUCGAUAACCUACGUCGCCAGGUGUGUAACUUGGUGAAUUCUUGGGAUCUGAGAGCUUCUUUCGGUUGCUUCUUUCGGUUGCUUCGACGUCUAUUUCAUGCGAUCUCUUCCAUUGUUUCUCUUCCACGUGGAACAGAGUGGUUAUUGAGGUCGAUAGGUUUAUGCUACUGCUUUGACGAAUGGUCAUGCAAAGGACUAUAGCUAGUGCCUCGACCUACAUACCAUAAUAUGAAUGAAUUAAGCCACUAA